AUGGAGAAUCUAUGGCGAAUCGCGACGGGUGAGGAUCCGAACCGGGAAGAUUACGACGGGAUCGAGUUCUGGUCAAACCCAGAGCGAUCUGGUUGGCUCACCAAGCAAGGCGAUUACAUAAAGAGUUGGCGCCGACGCUGGUUCGUGCUCAAGCGAGGGAAGCUUCUCUGGUUCAAGGAUCAAGCCGCCGCCGGAACGCGUGUGUCUAUUCCGCGCGGUGUGAUCUCAAACAUUGGGGAGUUGUGGUGCAGAGAAUAG